GCGUUGUAAAUGAAGUGUGGGAUUAGUUCCAUUAGAUUCGUUUUACGAGGACAGCAGUUUCUUAUUGCGCUGCUGCCCAACAUGUUUUUAUACGCAGCUAUCUAUGCCGUGUAUGUUUAAACGCUGUCAAAAACCGAUGUUGUUCAUACUUCGGUGUUUUUCUGUUAUGUCAAAGUCCACUGGUUAGGUUUCGUCCUCAUCGAAAGUGCUUUUCUGUACUGUUGGAUGGAAGAGAAAUGGCGUGCCUGUUGGAGGCCCCCUUGCGCAUCAGCGUGUUGUCUGAAGUCACAGCGACCAGUCGGCAUUAUGUGGACCGGCUCUUUGAUCCAGAUCCUCAAAAGGUGCUACAAGGAGUCAUUGACAUGAAGAAUGCUGUGAUAGGCAACAACAAGCAGAAGGCAAACCUUAUUGUAUUAGGAGCUGUGCCCAGACUUCUGUAUCUGCUCCAGCAGAGCUCCUCCAGUGAAGACCUGAGGACGGAGUGUGCAGUGGUGCUGGGCAGCCUGGCCAUGGGCACAGAGAACAACAUCAAGUCUCUGGUGGAUUGCCACCUCAUACCUGCUCUGUUGCAAGCUCUGGUGUGUCCUGAUUUGAUCUUCGUAGAGGCCUGCCUGCGUUGCCUAAGAACAGUGCUCAUCAGUCCUGUCACACCAGUACAACUACUAUACACUGAUCCAACUGUUGUUCCCCAUCUAAUGUCCCUGAUGAACCAGAGUCUCCGCACGCAGGAGUACAUAACGCAGAUCAUCUCUCACUGCUGCAAGACGACUGAGCAUCAGACUGUUCUCUUCAACCAUGGUGCCAUCCAGAACAUUGCACCUCUGCUCAUCUCCCCCUCCUAUAAGGUGCGCAUGCAAGCUCUGAAAUGUUUUUCUGUUCUGGCUUAUGAGAACACUCAAGUCUCCUUGGCCUUGGUUAGCGUGCUCGUCAAUGGAGAGCUGCUCACAGACAUUUUUGUCCGAAUGAUGCAGAGGGACAAACCCAUAGAAAUGCAGCUGACCGCUGCCAAAUGCCUCACAUACAUGUGCAGGGCUGGUGCCAUCAGGACAGAUGACUGUUGUAUUGUUCUUAAGACCCUGCCGUGUCUGGUGCGCAUGUGCAGUAAGGACCACCUAUUAGAACAGAGGGUGGAGGGAGCGGAGACGUUGGCAUUUCUAUUGGAGCCCGACGUGGAGCUCCAGCGCAUUGCCAGCGUCACGGACCAGCUGGUGGCAAUGCUGGCAGACUACUUCAAAUACCCGAGCUCCGUCAGCACCAUCACUGAUAUCAAGCGGUUGGAUCAUGACCUGAAGCAUGCUCAUGAGCUGAGACAGGCUGCCUUUAAGCUGUACGCCUCACUUGGCUCCAACGAUGAAGACAUCCGCAAGAAGAUAACAGAGACUGAAAACAUGAUGGACAGGAUUGUUAGUGGCUUAUCAGAGUCUAGUAUAAAGGUCCGGCUGGCUGCGGUGAGAUGUCUCCACAGUUUGUCUCGAUCGGUGCAACAGCUCAGAACUAGUUUUCAUGACCAUGCUGUAUGGAAACCUCUCAUGAAGUUGUUACAGAAUGCACCGGAUGAAGUUCUGGUGAUGGCAUCAUCCACGCUAUGUAAUCUGCUUUUGGAGUUUUCACCUAGCAAAGAGCCUAUUCUGGAAUCUGGAGUCAUUGACCUACUGUGUAGUCUGACACACAGUGAAAGUCCAGCUCUAAGGGUUAACGGCAUUUGGGCACUCAUGAACAUGGCGUUUCAAGGCGAUCAGAAAGUGAAGAUGGAGAUUCUGCAGUCGUUAGGAACGGAGCAGCUGUUCUUCCUCCUUUCUGACACAGAUUCAAACGUACUCAUGAAGACACUUGGCCUCCUCCGUAACCUGCUGUCAACGCGCCCGCAUAUUGAUCAUAUUAUGAGCACACAUGGAAAACAAAUAAUGCAGGCUGUGACUCUUAUUCUGGAAGGCGAUCAUAGUAUGGAGAUCAAGGAACAGACCAUAUGCAUUCUUGCCAACAUCGCAGAUGGCAAUACAGCGAAGGAUCUCAUCAUGACAAAUGAUGACAUGCUACAGAAGAUGAAGUACUAUAUGGGUCACUCGAAUGUGAAGUUGCAGCUGGCUGCUACAUACUGCAUCUCCAACCUUAUUUGGAAUGAGGAGGAUGGUUCCCAAGCCCGGCAGGACAAGCUGAGAGAGAUGGGAUUUGUGGAUGUGCUGCACAAGCUUACGCAGGCAGGAGACCCCAACCUUUGUGACAGAGCGAAGACAGCGAUGCAGCAGUAUUUGGCAUGACCCCAACCCAGCACUUAUGAGAAGCCCAUUACUCGGAAGUUUACUGUUUUUGGUCCCUUGAGACGUGUUUUAUUUUGAGCCAAGGCUAACUGAUGGUUAAAAAUACAAGAAGUUUGGGCCCAUGAGCAUGGUGACCCAAAGCUUUGUGUAGUGUUCAUAAAUGUACCUUAUGAAUGUGAAGACGGUUAAGAUAAAGAUUUUUGUUUUGGCGCAUCAUGCACCGCAAAGGAAUCUGAGGAUGUUGAGAGAGAAGCUAAAUUAUCUUUUUUUUUUUUUUUUUUUUCCCUUUUUUGAGUGAUGGUAAAUAUUGUUAAUGUAAUAAUGUUAUUUUAAAAAGCUUUCCCCGGGGGGAAUAUAAACACAUUUUUUUCCUUGUGGAUAAAUACCUCAAAUGUACAAAUAUAUAUUUUUUUGAUUUUUAAUACAUCCCCAUCCGAUAACAGUUCCGUGUACCUUUUUUCAAAGAUGAAUUAAAUGUUAUUGGGGUUCGGAAAAAAUAUAUAUGUUCAAACUGUAAAUACUGGUACUACCACAUUGGAAAAAAAUAAAUAAAGUGGUGGUAAAUGGC